UCGGGCGGCCUGUAGGGAAGAGUGGGGCGCGGCUCUGCUCACCAGCGUCGGGGCUGUAGCUGUCGACGUUUGCUUGGGGGUAGCGAUACGGCCCCUAGCAUGUGAAGGGUGUGCGCUUCCCAAGAAUGAAGGGAGAGGGAAAUCGGACUUUAAAGGGCUGGAAAACGAGUUGUGGUUCUGCCACUUGGUGGCUAGAGAGCGUGAGCAAGUCGCUUCACCUCUUUAAACCUGCCUUACCUCAGUUUUCCAAAGAGGGCUGACGUCGCUGAGCGCUCUGAAAUGUGGGGAGAGCCCAGGGCGAAGUUGCUGCAGGUGCUGUCAGCCCCACGGUGGUGAGCUGAGGACGAUUUUAAGAAAGGCAUCAAAUAAUGUCAUCUGAAAUAUUGCCAGCAUUUAGUGAGACUUCUAAUGUUGAAAGAAAGCAAGACUUAAAUGAAGACCAAGAGGAGAAUCAGAAACCAGGAUUAGGUGAAGGAUUUGAACCAAUAUCUAAACGGCAACUGAAGAAGCUAAUGAAACAGAAACAAUGGGAAGAACAAAGAGAACUCCGCAAACAAAAGCGGAAGGAAAAACGCAAGAGAAAGCAAUUAGAGCGACAGUGUCAACUGGAAUCAAACUCAGAAGGAAGUGACAGAAAACGUAUUCGGAGAGAUGUUGUUUACAGCCCACUCCGCCUUAUCAUUGACUGCAGUUUUGAUAGCUUGAUGGCAUUAAAGGACAUUAAGAAACUUCAUAAGCAGAUUCAACGAUGUUAUGCAGAAAAUCGACGAGCACUGCAUCCUGUGCAGUUUUACUUGACAAGCCAUGGAGGCCAGUUGAAAAAGAACAUGGAUGAAAAUGACAAAGGAUGGGUCAACUGGAAGGAUAUCCACAUCAAACCAGAGCACUAUAGUGAAUUCAUACAGAAAGAAGACCUGAUUUAUCUUACAUCAGAUUCACCUAAGGUACUAAAGGAAUUAGAUGAAUCAAAGGCCUAUGUGAUUGGAGGAUUAGUAGAUCACAACCAUCACAAGGGACUCACGUAUAAACAAGCAUCAGAACAUGGAAUUGAUCAUGCACAGCUCCCCCUUGGAAAUUUUGUGAAGAUGAAUAGUAGAAAAGUUUUGGCAAUUAAUCAUGUGUUUGAGAUUAUUCUGGAAUACCUAGAAACAAGAGACUGGCAAGAAGCAUUUUUUACUAUCCUACCCCAAAGAAAAGGAGCUGUUCCCACAGACAAAGCCUGUGAAAGUUCUUCACAUGACAAGAAGUUCGCCCGAGUUGAAGGUGGAUUGAACAGUGAUUCCAGUGAGGAGGAAAAUAGAAAUGAACUAGAUUCACCACAUAAGGAAGAAAAGCAGGAUAAAGAAAAUAGCACUGAAUCUACAGUGAACUCUAUACUACACUAAUGUCAUUUUUUUUUAAGUUUAAGGAAAAUUAGGAGAAAAUGAAUAUGGAAUUUCAUAGAAUACUUCAUAGAAUAUUUGAAAUGGAAGAAACUUUAAUUUUCUCUUAUUUCUGUUAUGAAUUUUUUCAACUUUCUUUUUUUAGCACUAAGUGAUAA